GCCUGCAAAAGGGACAUAGUACCUUUAACUAGGCAGAGGUGUAUAUUGAUUCUUCUCCAAACCAAGUCAGCCGUUAUUGCCAGAUGCUCUGAGUCCGCAGAAGACCAUGUUGGGAAUAUUUUAUUGAUCUUUCUUAAAGUUGAGACAGGAAUAUGGCAUUCAUACGUCAAGCACCUUUUCUACGCUGUCUGCCGUUGGUUUUAUUGUGUAUUCUAACACCGACGCUCAUCCAAACCAUACACCAAGAUGCCAUGCUCACUUCUUCUAUGAAAUGUCAUUACGAUGCCGAGCAGAAGAAAGCUGAUUGCUCUGAUCGUGGGUUGGACUCCAUCCCUCAGAAUCUUCCAGACGAUAUUGAAGAACUAGACCUCAAGUUCAACAAAAUCACUUUCAUCUUGAAUUCUUCUUUCAUGAGAUACCCUUUGAUCCAGGUCUUGGAUUUUUCCUCAAACGACAUCAGAAUGAUAGAAUCUGCAUCUUUUUACCCUCUAAAGGAAUUGAAUCGCUUAGACCUACCCUUCAACCAUAAUCUUGUUUUCCCAGCUACAGACCUAUUCAGGUGGUCUAGAAACCUGUCCAUCCUGAAACUAUACGGUUCGAAUCUGAAACUGCUUCCAAACGACACUCUGAAAUGGAGCCCGUCUGUGGAGUCGAUAUACCUUCGCUUCAACAAACUCACUUUCGUAAACAUGAGCCUUUGUGGCAGAGCAAAGAAAAUUAGCUUGGCUUAUAAUAAAAUCGAGCAUCUCACGGCAGAAUCUUUCAUCAUCGGAUGUCAAAGUGAUUAUAUUGAUCUGACCGGGAAUCCUAUUAAAUCAGUAGACCCGAACGUUAUUGCAUCGUUGCGUGUCCGAUCACUGGUCCUUGGAGAAUACCCGUUAACACUUGAGGUACUGAAGGAUACUUUUAUCGGGAUCUGUCGCUCUGAAAUAGUGGAGCUCACUAUAAAUGGUGCCAAUUUUACAGUCUUGCCACGAGAUUUCUUUAGUCCCUUGCGUAAUUGUUCUCCUCCAGUGCUUAAAUUUACCGGCAAAAAUCUACAAUCUCUCUCUCAAAACGUGUUCUCAAACUUGACAAGACUCGUGGAACUUGAUCUAUCGCACAACGAAAUCCAAGCCCUCUCUCCAUACGUGUUCUCAAACUUGACAAGACUCGUGGAACUUGAUCUAUCGUUCAACGAAAUUCAAUCCCUCUCUCCAUACGUGUUCUCAAACUUGACAAGACUCGUGGAACUUGAUCUAUCGCAAAACAAAAUCAUCACUGUUGAACCGGUAUUCUAUCAAGGCAUGCGGGGGCUAAAAGUUCUGAACUUGAAUUUCAAUCAAAUAAAAUAUAUAAACCCAAAUACUGACGAAUGGACACUGGACUUGAAUGAGUUGUACUUACGCAGCAAUUCUUUGACAGAAAUCUCAGAAUUCGCAUUUUUCGGUUUGCGAAAUCUAACGCUGUUAGAUCUGAGCUUCAACAAAGACCUUAUUGUCCUGAAUAUCACGUCGUCUUCGAAACUGACGGGAAUUCAAACCAUCGCCUUGAACUUUUGCAACUUUUGCGAUAUGGACAUAUUUCAACCGGUAGCCCCGAACUUAACAACCCUUUUCAUGAAUAACAUGAUCGCCGAAAUGAUCAUGAUGGCACCUGGAAUAACCUUCGAAGAUUCACAAGGCCUUGAGAAUUUGGAAAUCCGUAAUUCGGGGCUGUCGAAUUUCAAUAUCUGGGAUGAAAUCCUGAAUACCUCUCUUUUUGACGGUUUGUCAAAUCUUAUUACUUUGGAUCUGAGCCAAAAUUAUUUUGACUUUUACUUUCCAGAUGAUUUUCCAGCUAGGAUCUUCAAACAACUCUCUGCUCUUCAGAACCUUAGUUUAGAAGCCUGUCAUAUUUCAUGCCUUCAUCCAUUAGCUUUUACGGGAUUGGAAUCGCUUCGGGUGCUAAAUUUAAGUGGAAACGUAAUUCAACAACUUAAUUUUGAUAUAUUCAAAAUGUUAGAUCAAGUGACUAUUAUCGAUCUUCAUGACAACCUUUUGGCAUACCUCGAUGAACAACUAUUCUCAAACAAUCCCAGACUGACUACUCUAUUGCUAUCAAACAAUAAAUUAACCCUUCUCAACCAAAAAACAUUUGAACCGAUAGAAUCUUCGCUUCUAUCUUUCGAUUUGUCAUUGAACCCUAUCGACUGUAACUGCGAUCUACGAUGGUUCCGCGAUUGGAUGAGUGGACAUAUUGACGUCAUUGACAAAAACAGAACAGUCUGUUCAUCGGCUUCUUUACAGCCUCUUCGCGAGAAACCUUUGCUUGAUUUUGAUCCCAAUAAACUUUGUGGACUCAAUAUUGUUCUUGUGUUUAUGACUCCUCUCGCCGGAAUUUUCUUGGUUGUCAUCGUCGCAAUUUUUUAUCACAACCGAUUGCAGUUGAAGUACAAACUCUUUCUCUUGAAACUAAUGGUAAUUGGAUAUAAAGAGAUGCGAGACGCCCGGGACCACAACGACUAUGAGUUUGACUUGAAUAUCAUCUUCUACGAAGACGACGAAGAAUGGGUUCGUCAACAACUCCAACCAGCUCUGGAAGAACGGCUUCCACAGUUCCAGAGGAAUGUCUUUGGUGAUCAAGACCUAAUCCUUGGUAUGCACUAUCUUGACGCCGUCGACUACGUGGUGAGCCAUAGUUACAAAACACUCAUUCUACUCAGCAGAGCCGCCGUGCACGAUCGCUGGUUUAUGCUCAAACUCCGCACCGCCAUGGACCAUGUGAGCGACACCCAGACCGAAUUUGUAGUCGUGGUCUUUCUCGAAGACUUCCCUGACGAGGAUAUACCAUUCUUGGCAAGGUUAUAUUUAAGUGACGGCAGACCCUACCAACAUUGGACCGAGGACGUGGGAGGACACGUUUUUUUCUGGAAUGCCCUGGUAAAAAAUCUUACCAUUAAUCUCAGGACCAAUGACUUUAUUCCCAACGAGUAAUAACGGUCUGACUUAUUUUGGGGCUAGUUUGUUCCAUACAUUACUGUCCACAUCUUAUAUUUUUGUAUAUCUGAUUUAUGUAUUAAGCCAAUAGCCCUACUAGAGCUUGGAUCAGACUAAAUAUAAAGUGGCAAACACAUCUGAUGUCAAUUUAUAUUCAGAAAUCCAUAAUAUGUGGUUAUGCAUAAAUCAUGAUACACUAAAUGGCGUAAUACCUUGGUUUUGCUCUUGUGCAGUAUACCGGUUGAUGGAAGAAAUAGCAAAAAAUCGCUCUUCAUGUGACUCUAGACCAGGGAUUCCCAAAGUCCGGACCGCGGGACAUGUUAAUCCGUACCGCCGGG